AUGCCCGCUAUACGCAAACUAAGUCUUAAAGAGCAUCAAGGUAUAUCAUUGCUUAAACAGGCCAACAUACCUGUUGCACCAUUUGGUGUCUCCCGAAGUGCUGAUGAAUUGUUUGAAGAAGCUCGAAAAAUUGGUGGUCAAGAUCUUGUUGUAAAAGCUCAAGUACUGACUGGUGGACGAGGGAAAGGGUAUUUUGAGUCAGGCUUAGAAGGUGGAGUGCAACUCGUUUUUUCUCCUGAAGAAGCACGUGAGAAAGCUUCAAUGAUGUUGGGUUCGAAAAUUUUCACCAAACAAACAGGCGCAGCUGGUAAACUUUGCGAUGAAGUAAUGAUUUGCAAACGAUUGUUUACGCGACGGGAGUUCUAUUUUUCCAUUACAAUGGAUCGGCAUACCGGAGGUCCGGUAGCUAUAGGUUCGUCGAAAGGCGGCGUUAAUAUUGAGGAAGUAGCUGCAAAAGAUCCGAAGGCUAUUGUCAAGUGUCCAAUCAACAUAUUUGAAGGUAUGACAGAAGCAGAAGCCAGUUCAAUGGCCGAUCAGAUGGGUUUCAAGGAUGAUCUCAAGGUGCAAGCAGCGGAUAUUUUUAGAAAAUUAUAUAACUUAUUUAUUAAAUAUGAUGCAACACUUAUUGAAAUCAAUCCAAUGGCAGAAGAUAUCAAUGGAAAACUCUACUGUUUGGAUUGUAAACUGAAUAUUGAUUCAAAUGCGAGUCAUCGGCAAACAGAAUUAUUUGCUAUGGAAGAUCAGCAGCAGCAAGAUCCUCUGGAAUUGCGCGCAGCAAAAGCUGAUCUUAAUUAUAUUCGACUGGAUGGUAACAUCGGUUGUAUGGUGAAUGGAGCUGGGUUAGCGAUGGCAACUAUGGAUAUUAUCAAACUUCAUGGUGGUGAUCCGGCAAAUUUCCUUGAUGUUGGAGGUGGCGCUACUGUUGAGCAAGUUGCUGAGGCCUUUCGGAUUAUCACUGCCGAUAAAGAUAAGGUUGACGCAAUCCUUGUGAAUAUUUUUGGUGGUAUCAUGCGUUGUGAUGUCAUUGCACAGGGUAUGAUCAAUGCUGUCAAUGAACUUCAACUCAAAGUUCCUGUUGUUGUUCGUUUGCAGGGUACUCGUGUUGAAGAUGCCAAGGCAUUAAUUGCAGCUGCUAGUUUGCGGAUGAUUUCAUGUGAUGACUUAGACCAAGCUGCGAAAAUGGUUGUGAAGUUAUCGGAAAUAGUUCAGCUGGCACGAUCUAUACCGAUUGAUGUAUCCUUCCAGCUUCCUUCUUAA